UUUUAAAAACUCAAACUCCGUCUCGUUCUCUUCACAAGAACACUCGGCCGGAUUUUUUUGUUUUUCAAACCCUUCCUCCAACAACAACAACAACAACUCAACAAUGCGCGAAGUCAUCUCCGUCCACGUCGGUCAGGCUGGUGUCCAGAUCGGUAACGCCUGCUGGGAGCUCUACUGCCUCGAGCACGGCAUCAACCCCGACGGCCGCGUCACCGAGUCGCGCCCCAACGCGACCGACGACUCGUUCUCGACCUUCUUCUCGGAGACCGAGUCUGGCAAGCACGUCCCGCGCGCCAUCUAUGUCGAUCUCGAGCCCUCCGUCAUUGACGUUGUCCGCAACGGCUCGUUCAAGACCCUCUUCCACCCCGAGCAGCUCAUCUCUGGCAAGGAGGACGCCGCCAACAACUACGCCCGCGGCCACUACACUGUCGGCAAGGAGAUUAUCGACUCUGUCCUCGACAAGAUCCGCCGUCUUGCGGACAACUGCACCGGUCUCCAGGGCUUCCUCGUCUUCCACUCGUUCGGCGGUGGCACGGGCUCUGGCUUCACCUCGCUCCUCAUGGAGCGCCUGUCGCACGACUAUGGCAAGAAGUCCAAGCUCGAGUUCUCGGUCUACCCCGCUCCCCAGGUCUCGACCGCCGUCGUUGAGCCCUACAACUCGAUUCUGACCACCCACACCACCCUCGAGCACUCUGACUGCUCGUUCAUGGUCGACAACGAGGCCAUCUACGACAUUUGCCGCCGCAACCUCGGCAUUGAGCGCCCCUCGUACACCAACCUCAACCGCCUCAUCUCGCAGGUCGUCUCGUCCAUCACCGCCUCGCUCCGCUUCCAGGGCGCCCUCAACGUCGACUUGAACGAGUUCCAGACCAACCUCGUGCCCUACCCCCGCAUCCACUUCCCGCUCUCCACCUACGCCCCCGUCGUCUCGGUCGAGAAGGCCUCGCACGAGAACAUGUCGGUUGCUGAGAUCACCUCGGCCUGCUUUGACCCUGCCAACCAGAUGGUCAAGUGCGACCCCCGCCACGGCAAGUACAUGGCCUGCUGCCUCCUGUACCGCGGUGACGUCGUCCCCAAGGACGUCUCGGCUGCCAUCGCCUCCAUCAAGACCAAGCGCACCAUCCAGUUUGUCGACUGGUGCCCCACCGGCUUCAAGGUCGGCAUCAACUCGCGCUCGCCCCAGACCGUCCCCAACGGCGACCUCGCCAAGGUCCAGCGCGCUGUCUGCAUGCUCUCCAACACCACCGCCAUCGCCGAGGCCUGGGCUCGUCUUGACUACAAGUUCGAUCUCAUGUACGCCAAGCGCGCCUUCGUCCACUGGUACGUCGGUGAGGGCAUGGAGGAAGGCGAGUUUGCUGAGGCUCGCGAGGAUCUUGCCGCCCUCGAGAAGGACUACGAGGAAGUUGGCGUCGACUCCAACGAGGCUGAGGCUGGCGCUGCCGGCGACGAGUUCUAAACUGACAUCGCUCGUGCUUGUGCUCGUGGUGAUGUGUUGUUGGUUUUUUCAACUCUUUUCCCCCUCCCUUCUUGUCACUUCCCCAUCUCGCUCUACCCCACUCCCCUUUCCCUCCGCUGCUCCCGUUGAUAAAAAAGGCCUUGUGUAUGCCCGUUGUUGAUUUGAAAACAUUGUUGAGUUGAAAGAAGCAUGUUGAGUGCAUUUGUUCCAAGUGCACCCACAUCAAUACAAAACCCCCUUCCAUUCAGUUUCCA